AUGGAACAAAACAUAGAUCCUUCCACAAUAACAGUUGGCUUGUAUACUGCUUCAGAAAAUACAGAUUCAUGUUUGAAACGCCUUGUCACAAAGUCACCAUUAGAGGCAAUGGCACAAAGAUUUGGUCAUGUAGUUCGCGAAUUUCAGAUCAACUUACCGUCUCAGAUAAACAAUAGAUAUGAUAGUUUACAAUAUUCUAGUGAUUUUACCACCUUCCCAGUUAAUCCUAGAACUACUUCCUCUUCGUCACUAAUGUAUCCGUAUUUCACCCCCAUCCCUCAACUACACUACUUCAAUGUUGCUACUACUACUACUACUAAUAAUACUACUACUACUACUACUACUACCACAGUAACAUCAAUAGCAACCAAUACUAUUGUCAGUAACAUUCUACCGGAUCGUACUCCUCACAGUGUUUCUAAACUUCCUCUUCUGUUAUCGAAGUCAUCGUUUGAUUAUUUCCACUCUAAAUUAUGUGAAACAGUUUCAAUAUCGGAAAAUCUGUCUAAGAUUACGUCAUCCGGUGCAUUAAAACAAAGUUGUAGUAGUGAAUUGCAUAACAUGAAUGACAUUGAUACUAUGACUGAAGAUUCCAGUGGUCCUUUUAUAUCAUCACAUGUUUAUACAUUAAAUUCAGUACAACAUUCUUCUCCUGAAAAACAAAACUUUCGAAAUUCAUUAUGCGUUAAAUCAAACCAUUUAAACAGUUUACAUGAAAAUCAGUUCAAUGAAACAAAUAAAUGUGAACUGCACUCAGCCGUAAACGAAGCUACAACUUAUGGUUUAAAUUUAUCAUUUCAAAAUAACAUGACUAAUCGUGAGAGAAUAUACCAUAAUUUUGAAAACUGUCAUCAUAGUUUCUUGAAUGGAACUAAUCACUGUAAUAUGUUGAAUUCUAAUAACUUAUCAAUAUUGGAGUGUAAGAACCACUCAUAUCCCUACAAUUUAAUAAAUUCGAAUCUCUGCCUUUCUAAAUGUGAAUACACUGAGGCAUAUUCAUCACCAAUGUUCAAUAAUUCUUUGGAAUCAUAUAAUUGUCCAGAUCAUUCUGUAAAAUAUCCAACUUCAUCAUCAAAUAUUUAUUUGAACAAAUCAGUACCUAUGUUUUGGUCAAACGAUUGCAAUAAUCCAAAUGUGAAACCCCCAUUUUCCUACAUUACACUGAUUGUUUCUGCAAUGAAUUCAAAAUUAUCAAAAAAGAUUACAUUGAAUGAAAUUUAUGCAUGGAUUAUGCAUACAUUUGCUUAUUAUCGUAAAAAUACAAGAAGAUGGCAAAAUUCCAUAAGACAUGCAUUAUCAUUUAAUGAUUGUUUUAUUAAAGUACCACGUCCAUCUGGUGAAGCUGGUAAAGGUUCUUAUUGGACAGUUCAUCCUUUAGCCAUAGACAUGUUUGAUAAUGGUUCAUCAAUGCGACGCAAUCGUAAAUUUGUUGACGAGAAUCGUUAUCGUCAUAAUCAUAGUCAUGCAACCAUACACAUGAAUGGAAAAAAGUUUGCAUCUGUUAAAAAUUAUGAAAUUAAUUUAUUAAAUCAUGCUCCUCAUUAUCACUAUCAAUCACAAAUAAAUAUGAAUAAAAGUAACAAUGUACAAUGGUCAAUUAUGAUUAAAAAUAAUAAUAAUAAUAAUAAUAAUAAUAAUAAUAAUAAUAAUAAUAAUAAUGAUAAUGAUGUCGAUGAUGAUGAUGAUGAUGAUGAUGAUGAUGAUAAUAUUGACGGUUAUAUGAAUAAGUUUACUGGAAAAGUUAAACAAUCCACUGUAUACAACAACAAUGAUAAUGACAUAAACAGUAAAAAUCAUAAUUAUAAAUAUAACUCUAAAGAUGAUUAUAUAAAAAAAAUAACAAUGUUGAAUCAAAUAAAAUCUCCUUCUACCACUACAGAGAAAUCAUGGAAAACUUUAUCCAUACCAUCAGAUACAUUAAACUGUUUAAAUGAUUGCAUUCAUCAUAUAUAUGGUAGUAAUAAUAAUACUAACAAUAAUAAUGAUAACAAUAAUAAUAACAACAAUUAUAAUAAUUCUAAAUAUCUUCCUCCUCCUCCCUUUCAUCACCAUCAUCGUCACCAGAAGAAUUUAAAUUUGGAUGCUAGUACAUUCCAUGACGAUUAUUCCGUAAACGAUUACAAAUGUGAAAUGAUUUUUUCAACAUCGUCAUCGUUUUCCACUUCAUCUUCCCCUUCUUCUUCAUCAUCGUCGGCAUUUUCUUCUUCUUCCAUUGCUAUCGCUACUCUCUAUUCUUCACCAACUUCAUCAGAAUUAAUCUGUAAUCCAAAUCGAUAUCAUCAUGAUAUCCAAUCACAUAAUACAUUAGAUUAUCAAUAUAUUAAUCAUUAUAAAAAUCAAUUAAAUCCUUGUUUAACUUUAUUAAACAAUUCUUAUCAGAAAUCAAUUAAUUCCUUACAGAAUUUAUUCAAUUCAGAAAAUAUCGAUGAUAAAACUAGUAAUAAUAACAGUAGUGAUGAUAAUAACUGGAAUACAAUUAAUGGCAAUAAUGAAAACAGUAUUGGUACAUAUGAUAAUACCGAUUACGAUGACAAUGAAGGCAAUAUAAUUGAUUCAACGGAUAAUAAUAAAUUAUUAUCACGAAAUACAAUUAAAUGGUAUAAAGAAUUUUCUCUGAAUCAAAUACUUUAA